AUGCCUUAUCCUAUACAACUGGGCUUUCAAGAUGCUACAUCUCCUAUUAUAGAAGAACUUAUAUAUUUUCAUGAUCACACAUUAAUAAUUGUCUUCUUGAUUAGCUCCCUAGUGCUCUACGUACUAAUUCUUAUACUUACAACAAAACUAACUCAUACUAGUACUAUAGACGCCCAAGAAGUUGAAACUAUUUGAACUAUUAUACCCGCAGUCAUCCUUGUCCUAAUUGCACUACCUUCAUUACGCAUCCUUUAUAUGAUGGAUGAGAUCUUCAACCCUUACCUUACAGUUAAAGCCAUGGGCCAUCAAUGAUAUUGAAGCUAUGAAUAUACUGACUAUGAAGACCUCUCAUUCGAUUCAUAUAUAAUUCCUACCCAGGAUUUGACCCCUGGGCAAUUUCGACUUCUAGAAGUUGAUAAUCGAGUAGUUCUUCCCAUAGAACUUCCAAUUCGAGUAUUAAUUUCAUCAGAAGACGUAAUUCAUGCAUGGGCAGUUCCUUCAUUAGGUCUAAAAGCGGACGCCAUCCCAGGCCGCUUAAACCAAGCAACCCUAACAUCAACUCGCCCAGGGGUUUAUUAUGGACAAUGCUCAGAAAUCUGUGGGUCCAACCACAGCUUUAUGCCUAUUGUACUAGAAAUAUCAACCCUAAAAUACUUUGAAAACUGAUCGCAUAUAAUGCAAACAU